AUGACUACCGCACAGGAGGCUCGCGUUGAAGACCACUUCAACAACUGGCCCAACGUCAAAGGUUUCGAUGCCAACUACGAGGAGAAAACGCCCGUCGAGCUCGAUGUCGAAGGCCAGAUUCCCGCCUAUGCUGCGGGUGUGCUCUACCGCACUGGACCAGGCAAAUACAAGGUCGACACCGUCCACGGAGACACCUUUCGUGCCAGUCACUGGUUCGACGGAUUCAGUGAGACUCAUCGAUUCCAAUUGGUCACUCCGGACGCCACGCACCCAUCAAUGCGUGUUUUCUACAACUCUCGCUUCUCGACCGAUGGCCUCAUCGAAUUGGUGAGACAGACCGGUCACUUGGGCAAGCUGAGCUUCGGCCAAAAGCGAGACCCAUGCAAGACCAUCUAUCAUAAAGUCCAGUCCGAAUUUGAACCCGCUGAGCGGGAGCCUGAGAGCCCUGCCCACGUUAACGUGGGAGUCACCCUCAGCGUCAACAUGCCAGGUCUCGGGGUGUCUUCUUCACCCAACGGAGCCGGUAUUCGCUGGGACACGUCUUCCGGAAUCAAGACCUUGCACGCCAAAACCGACUACAACAUCUUCAAGCAGCUUGACCCGCAGACCCUGGAGCCAAUUGCCCUUGCCACGCAGCAAAACCUCCACCCGGACCUGGAUGGCCCCGAGACAGCCUCGCAUGCCCGUUCCGACCCCAAGACCGGCGAUGUCUUCAACUACAACCUCGCCGUCAAGCCAUCACCCAUCUAUCGUGUCUUCCGCAUAUCCGCCUCAACCGGCGAAACCACCAUCCUCGCAACCUUCCCCGCCACCCCAGCCUAUCUCCACUCCCUCCUCCUCACAGAAGACUACGUGAUCCUCUGCGUCUGGAACGCCCACCUCUCCCUCCCCGACGUGGGACAGAUGAGCUUCCUCGACGCCAUCAAACCAUUCGACCCAACCGCCCCAGCAAUGUGGUACAUCAUCGAUCGCAAGGCCGACAAAGGCCUCGUCGCCACCUACCAAACGCCCCCAUUCUUCUGCUUCCACACCAUCAACUCCUGGCAAGAACCGUCCACCACUGACAAAUACAAAACCGACAUCAUCGCCGAACUAAUCACUUUCCCCAACCUCGACUUCCUACACAAACUCUACUACGAAAACCUCCUCUCCGACUCCCCAUCCGCAAAAUCCAUCUGCCAGGCACAAAGAACCUCCGGCUCCACCUCAUCCAUCACCCGCUUCCGUCUCCCCGCCAUCCCCGACACCCCUAACCCCUCCCCUUCCACCACCCCCAUCCCCGCAAUCCUCGAAUCCUCCCUCUGCAAACCCCUCUCCCCCGAACUCCCAACCAUGAACCCAAACUACGUCACCCGCAAACACCGCUACACGUACAGCGUCGCCGAUCGCGGCGAAUCCACUCUCUUCGACAGCAUCAUGAAGCUCGACAACGAGACCCAGGAGACGCUCAUCUGGGCUCAUCAUGCCCAGUCCCCCGGGGAACCGAUUUUCGUUGCGAACCCUGACGGGCUGGAGGAAGAUGAUGGCGUCUUGCUGAGUGUGGUGUUGGAUGGAUUGACGGGCAAGAGUUAUUUGCUUUGUUUGGAUGCCCGGGAUUUGGCGGAGUUGGGGAGAGCGAGGGUGAAUGGGCCCGUUGCGUUUGGGUUUCAUGGUCAGCAUGUUCCUGUGAGGGGGGUUCCGACGGGGGAUUAUUAG